GCCCACCUUUACACUUCCGAUGCCUAUUUGAAAAUACAGCUAUUUGCGGAAGAAGGAGGUUCAGCUUGUCGUCGUUAUCACGAUCAUCAUCCGUUUUCUUCUCCACCAGUCAGUCACCCGCUCGCAUUGGCCCUGGACGCCCCUGCCUCGGUCGUGCCGUUUCUCCCCCAGCUUCGCAUCUGAAUGACGGGCGGAAGGUUCGACUUCGACGACGGCGGCACUUACUGCGGUGGUUGGGAGGAUGGCAAAGCCCACGGACACGGCAUCUGCACCGGACCCAAGGGCCAGGGCGAGUAUGCGGGCUCUUGGUCGCACGGCUUCGAGAUAGUCGGCGUGUACACCUGGCCCAGUGGCAACACCUACAAGGGCUACUGGUCCCAGGGCAAAAGGCAUGGGCUCGGCGUGGAGAAUAAAGGCAAGUGGAUCUACCGCGGGGAGUGGAGCCACGGCUUCAAGGGGCGCUACGGCGUCCGGCAGAGCCACAACACACCUGCGAGAUACGACGGCACCUGGAGCAACGGGCUCCAAGAUGGAUAUGGCAUCGAAACCUACGGCGAUGGAGGCACCUAUCAAGGCCAGUGGAUGGGUGGAAUGCGCCAUGGCUACGGUGUGCGUCAAAGCGUUCCUUAUGGGAUGGCGACUGUUAUCCGCUCGCCCUUGCGUACGUCCAUGGCCUCCCUGCGCUCCGAGCAGAGCAACGGCACCGUGCUUCAGGACCUGUCUUCCCCCGCGGACACCCCCACGGGCAACCGCGGCGGCUUCGUCCUAAACUUCCACUCGGACAGCGAGGUGGUGACGGGCAAAAAGAAGGGCCUCUUCCGCCGCGGGUCCCUCUUCGGGAGCCUGCGGCAGUUGCGCAAGUCCGACUCUCGGACCUCCAUCUCUAGCAAGCGUAGUUCAGCGCGUAGCGACGCCACCAUGAGCCGCAUCAGCUCCAGCGACGCCAACUCCACCAUAUCCAUCGGUGACGGCGAGUUGCAAGACGAGGAUCUUCUUUUGGAGGACCACGUGGACGCCACCACCACCGAGAGCUACAUGGGCGAAUGGAAGAACGACAAGCGCAACGGAUUUGGCGUUUCAGAGCGAUCCAAUGGAAUGAAGUAUGAGGGAGAGUGGUUGAACAACAAGCGCCAUGGUUAUGGCUGCACGGUUUUCCCAGAUGGCACCAAAGAAGAAGGGAAGUACAAAAAUAAUGUGCUGGUGCGUGGAAUAAGGAAGCAGCUGAUUCCUCUGAAGAACCCCAAAACCAAAGAGAAGGUGGAUCGGGCUGUUGAGGGGGCGCAGAGGGCAGCGGCUAUUGCCAGGAGUAAAGUGGAAAUAGCAGCUUCCAGGACGGCCCAUGCCAGGACAAAGAGCGAGGCUGCCGACCAGGCCGCUAUCUCUGCAGUGCAAGAUGCUGAAAUCGCUAGAGCGGUUGCCCGGGAGCUUGCCCCCAACUUCUACCAACCAGGGCCUGACUACGUGAAACAGCAGUUUAAAGAGCCUGUAGAAAUGAAGGAGGUCCCCGUUGUCAAGAAAGACGACUCGCCAAGUGAUUCUCCCCAUUUUUACCGCAAAGGUACCACCCCUCCUCAUUCUCCAUUGAAUAGUCCCGUGGGCUCUCCUCCCCACUCACCUCACUCCAGCAAGAAGAAAGGCCACCACCAUCUUGCCAACCACAACAGCCGAAAAACCAGCAAAGAGGAGCAGCAGCCUUCCCGUAAAACAAGCAAGGAGGAAAAGUCUGCUCAUAAAGCCAGCAAAGACGAACGUUCGAGCAAGAAGCCGAGCAAAGAGGAAAGGAUGUCCGUCCCCGAUGGCCCCAAAGCUACUCCUAUGCACAUCGAGGCUCCCCCUAAACCCGCUAAACCUCAACAGCCGAGCCCUCCGCCCGAUGUCCCCGUACCUCCUCCCGCGGUCCCGGUCAAUGGCCAGCUUCACACAGAGUACCACAGUUACUACGUCAAGGCACCUGUAAAGGGCCCUCCGCCCCCUGACCCAGAGGAAGACCCAGAAGAAGAACCUAGUGCCCUGGCCUUGGCACGCCUACCACCACAGUCCAGGUCUGCUAAUACCCCGACCCCAAAGCCUGCCUCCGUACGGGAUAGCCAGAGCGACCCAAAACUCAGGAAGCAAGAUUCCCUCAAGCCAAAGAGCCUCGCAGAUACAAAGAAAGCAAGUAUGGAGAUUGCAGAAACCACUGAGGAGACGGGUCCCAACUCCAUCCUUGUCGCUAUGGUAAUGCUGCUGAAUAUCGGCCUUGCAAUAAUAUUUGUCCAUUUUCUGACAUGAUAGUGCUCAUUCUUAGCGAAAACACGGCAAGCUAUGCAGUCGCAUCGCCAGCCUUGAAAAAAAUAAAAUGGCGCCGAUGAGUCACGGUGGCAGCCCCAAGGUGUUUGGUUAACAGCUUGACACCGGAAUCGGGAGGAAGGCGUCACUACCAUCGACCUGUCACGGGCCCCGCCUGGACCUCCCCUGCCAAUUAGCACUCCUUUGGGCUUCUGGAAAAUCUGAGGUGAAAUGUUGUGUCUAGUGAGUUAUAAUAAACCAAUCAAACGUAGUGGAAGUCAUUUCAACCCGCUGGCGCCGAGGCGAGCGGCGGCCCGCGUGGCCAGAGGAGGCGGCGGGCUGACGGACUUUGCUGCCGGGAGCUGCACUUUUAGAUGACGGGAGCAAACAGCUGCCUUUCUAUUUUGCCAUCGCUAGGAGGUGACGAUGGCGGGGCGUGGAACGGUUGCAGUGGGAGCAUGCGGAGCGUUUUUCAGGGGAUUGGGGGGGUUCCCGCCGCUUUGUGCAACAGGAAGCCGGCCUGAGCCUGUUGCUAAGCAGUCAGUGCUAGCACGGACACUUGCCAGUCUUACUGUUUUAAAAGCUCGUCAUGUUUGUCCAGCUCCAUCCGACUCUGCUCAAAACGACCUGCGUUGCAUGACACUGUUUUGGUAUUUUUUUUUCAGUGUAUUGUUUGUUCUUUGUCGUUCAUGGGAUGGUGGUUAACCUUUUCUUUUUUGAAUUCCCACACCAAUCGAGUUGUAUUUUAUUGUAAAUGCAAGUGCAAUAUGUUCUAUUUUUCCAAAAGAGCUUGGAGUAUAUUUUGCCCCCCAAAAAAAUCUAAUAUUAUUGUAAAGUAUAAUUUAUCGCGGGGUGGGCAAACUAGGACUUGUGUUCCGUUAUACAAGCCAAAAUAGCAUUCGAUACUAAAAACAAAAUAUAGGCGGAGAUUGAGGGAGCGGCAUGGGGGGCAGUGCCCCCACUCCUUCGUGGCAGGAAAAUGUCAUUGCAUGUAAUUGACUUUCUUAUAAAUUAAUUUAAAAGGGAAGUUUGGAAUUUUUGACCUAAGGCUUAAUUUUCGAGUUAAUUUCAACAAAUUCCCUUUGUUUGUUUGAUAGUUGUUAGUUUCAAGGCUCCGGAGCGGCUAAGCUAGCACAAGUCAGUGGUGCCUGUUUAGGAUAGCGAUAAAUAACAGCAUAUGCAAGCAUGAGAAGCACCGAUGACCCAUGCAAUCAAUAGUGAUGGCUACGUUUUCAGGAUAAAAUUAUUAAAACUUACCAUUGCAUGUCAAUAACUGUAGUAUGAACACCAACAUUUGUAAUCCAGCAGCUUUGCAGGGAAAAGGCUGUCUAGCCAAGCGGGGCGGAGUGAUAUACCAUCGUUUUUUUCGACGCUGAUUUUUUUUUUUUUUUUGUCUAUGGGUACGAAAGUAACUCCCAGCAGACUGAGCAUGAGUGGCCGAAGCACACCUCUCUACUCUGGUUGCAUUAUGCAUGUAAAAAAAUAGUCCUGCAGAAUGAAUUACGGGAGUUUGGCGUGAUAUUGUUGUGGCUGACACUGAAACGAGCCAAUAACUGGAAAAAUUCCAGGGAAUUUGUUGAGAUGAACUCUACCAACUAAUCAAACCCCCACUAACUUGAAGAUUAAGCCUAAUGUCAAAAAUUCAGAACUUCUCCUUUAAAAUACAAGACCUAUCUUUUAAAAUGUCUAUAAAAGGUGUAAAGCAAUCAAACAAAAUAAAUGAAUGAAAUGAAAAAGGAUCCUACAAAUGGGUCAAAAUUAUUUUUCAAACAGAUCAUGUGACUAGCACCUUAGAGACGAUCCUUUGCUUUGCUUAGCCAAAACUAUACCUGAGAAAGCAAGUGGGAUAUUUAGAAUUUACUAUAAACCUAAGCUUUUAAAAGUUUCAACAACAACUGAGCUUGAACCGAGGAUUGAACACAAACAGUGUCAAGAUGUUUGUACAUAUAUACUGUAUUGUAAGUUAAUUUUAUUGCUGACAUGGCGUUUCAGGGUCAUCCAUAUGUUUUGCCCCACCCCUCCCACAAAAGUCAAACUCUGCCUAUGAAACAAAACCUUAGAGUACAUGGGUGAUUCUCAUGAGAGCUAUGCAUUACGGUAAUGAAGGAUAAAUACCAAAACUGGCUUAAUGCUACUCAGUCAUUUUGUUCAUCAACAGUUUGAGCUCUCUAAUAUUUUAUUUACAGUAAAAUAUAUAAUUGCUUAAUGUCUAAAAACAUGUAAUAAUACACAUUAUGGUGGGGAAGUAGGCAUAUACAGUAUGUAAACAGAAAUCUAUUAUCAACAUGAAAUAAGGCCAGACAAUCUUACCUUGUAGUCUUCUUAUGUCUUGCCUUCUUUCAGGUCAGAAUAAUUUUAUUUAAAUGAACCCACUGUGAUUAUGACGGGACCAUGAACACAGUGCAACAGUAAUGGGAGCUGCAUGCUUGGACACGAGCUUUUUGCUGAAUAUUUUUUAUACAAAGUGAAAAAAAAACAUCAGAGGUGGGUGGAGUAGCCGAAAGUAUUACUCGAGUAAGAGUAGCGUGACUUCAAAAUAGUAUUACUCAAGUAAAAGUAAAAGUAGUCAUCCAAAAAUGUACUCAAGUACAAGUAAAAAAUUAUCUGGUGAAAAGAAUACUCAAGUAACAUUGUGAGUAACUGCUUAAGAUGUUAGAUUUUUUUUCUUUUAAACAAUAGUAUUUUUUUCUCUCAUCACAACAUCAUCGAUAUGAACUGUUAUUACUAUACUCUACUAUAACCUAUUACAUAACCAUAUUAGGCCAAGAGAAUAAACAAAAAUCAUCAAAUUCCAACUCGUAAAAUGAAACAUUACCCGUCCAAAGAGCAAGCGUGCCCUCUAGUGGAAAAAAAAAAACGUAUUUCCUACUAUGAAUAUUUCCGUGUCAAAUAAAUAGCUGCCAAAUAAAAAAUGGCCGAAAGGUUGAAACGAAUCCGCGUUUUCGAGUAAUGUUGACUCUGUGUCAAAUAGUUUGUUUUAAAGACGCCACGUGAUUGAAUAGGCCGGCGUGACGAUAUGACUUCCAACUGCAGUGAGUGUACACAGAGGCGUUGCGUCCCAUUAGGCAAACUAGGCAAUUGCUUAGGGCCCCCAGCCAGCAGGGGCCCUAGGCAAUUGCCAAGCAACAGAUCAGAUUUAGCACACGCAGCUUUACUGCUUUACUGCGUACAGUGACAAGUGCGACAGUGCCAGUGAAAGCUUUGUGUCUUGAGUUCCCUGAAGCGGCCCUUUCACUCGCUCUACAACCCCCCCCCCCUUCCUCACGUGAGCGGCGAUUUGGCUUUUUUUUAAUUGGCGUAUAUCUAAAAUGAAGAGAAGUUAUCCUUAUUGGAAGCGACAAAAGAAAGAAAAAAAGCAGAAGAGGAGAAAAGGAAGUAAGACAGCGGUGAGUGUACUAUGUUACUGUAGAUUUAUGUCCUAAUGUAGUAGAAGCCGGGCACUUUGAGUGUCCGAAAAAGCGCUCUAUGAGACCGAGGCGUUAUUAUACUUUUAUCAAAUAUGCUAUUACUCCAAGUCCAACUGUCCCCCUUACUUGCACACGCUCGAAGGGCCCAAAGUUGCUUGUUGCCUGGGGCCCCCGUGGACCCUUGCUACGCCUCUGAGUGUACAGUGAUCCCUCGUUUUUCGUGUUUAAUGGGGACCAGAACCCGCCGCGAUAAGUGGAAAAACUGUGAACCGCCCCCCCACACACACCCAAAAUAUAUAUAUAUAUAUUUUUUUUUUAAUUAAUAAUACUCAAGUCAUUUUAUUUUCGAAGAUUUUUUUGUGUGUGUUCAAUGUAUUUAUUAAAAUGUAUCAAUGGAAGAAGAUACAUAUAAGACAUGUUUUUCACCUUUUUCCCCCAAAGUAUAAUUAAAAAAAAAACUUUUAUGUGUGUAUAUAUUUUAAUAAAUAGUUUUAAGCACUUUAAAUGUAAUAAUUAUGAUAAGUUUUAAACAUGUCCCACAGAAUUCUUUUUAAACAAGAAAAAAGUGGAUGCCCAAUCAGGGCUGCAGCUUUUGAAUAUUUUAGUAAUCGAAUAUUCGACUGCAAAUUCUAUCGAUUAAUAGAGUAAUUGGGUAGAACAUUUUUUUAGGUAAAGAGCAAUUAUAAAUAUACAUGAGAAAACGAGACAUUUCACCUAAUAUUGAACCAUUUUCAGACUAUCAAUGUUUUUAUUUUCGAUGUACACUGUUGAAAACAGCCGACAAUUGCAUCUUAGAUGAGACUAGAAAAAGAAAAAAAAGACUAAUUCACUGCUUUCACUCAAAAAACUUUUAGAUUUAAAAAAAAAGAAAAAAUCUUAUUUCUGACCUAAAAAUGCACUUGAUAACACCCAUCACUUAAAAGUUAGGGUUUUUUCCCCAUGUGUUUCAAUUGAAUUUCCAUUUGUGUCAAGCUGUUUUGAAGUUCUGGUUAAGUUUAAAGUUAGUCUAAAUUGUAAGUCCUGAUAGGAUGUUGAGAUUUUGCAGUGUUCAAAAUAAAUGUAUGAUACCUGCUGUAUUGGAGCACAUUAGGCACCAGUGCUACUUGGUAUUUUAUCCAGCAAUGACUACUGAGCUAAAAUUCAAAGUUAAUUUUAUUAUGUUUUUAUUUUACACCCUCAUCACUCUACAGUGCUGUGUUUUUACGGAUUAAAUAAAGCCUGUGUGUAAGACAUGUUAGCCACACAUCGACAGUAGUCAUAAUUAAUAGAAACCUAGCCCGCUGCCGGGCUAACGUUAGGUUAGCAAGGUACAGUAACGUUAAUCUUAUUUAUUAGCGCUGAGAAGGCUAUUGCUUUAAGAUGGCGACUGUUUACUAAUUUCGCAUCUAGUUCUAUAUACAUGUGCAGAUGGCGCCAAGUGUGUCAUUUCACAUCUAGUUCCCUAUACAUGAUGUGAUAUCUAUGAGACGCAUCAGACGCUACCACAGUAGCAUCAUGCGGGCGUAAUUUGUAGCAAGGCUGGCAGUGUAUGUAGCGGCUGUCAGCUGCAGUCAGAUAUUCUUCUUCUUCCUCAUUAAAAGUAGUCCGGGCAAAACUUGAUGCUUAGAGCUGGCAAAAUUAAACGAUUCCUCGAGGCGAAUAAAAUUAUGUAGAUCCAUUUUUAAACUCGAGUUACUCAAGUAUUCAUUUCAGCUCGACGCCCAAUCCAUUUAAAAAAAAAAAGUUUUUAAAAAAUGCUUGUCUUUACUAAAUGCUUCAUUGAGUGAGUCCGCUCCAGCUGCUCACUAACACACAAUGAGUUGCCACACCAACUGUUUAAAAAGUUAAACGAUGAUUGACUCAUGCGGCGCUUUGUAGGUCAAGUCUCUGGCAAGACUUAACCGUCUCUCAAUUAUGGUUUACUUUAAUAGGCAAAUCCAGUUCACUCUCUGACUAACAAAGAGCAGGGAGAGGCAGGGAGGGAGGAAGAUUGAGACUACGCGAUCAGCUCGGGAGAGCUCAUCUGUAGUUUUUAUUUUGUUUAAUUGGAAAAAAAAAUCUGCGAUGGACUGACGGCGUGAAGUUUGAAGCGCGAAGUAGCGAGGGAUCACUUUAUUGUUAAUUCUGAUUGGUAUAAUGGAGUCAUGUGAUUAUUGUUGUGACAUUUCAUUGGCGAAACUGGUAGAGUCACUAUUUGCCAAACCGAAAAUGUAGAAUAUGGAGGGGAAAAGUAGCUGACCGUUUUGUCUUCGCAAAGUUACUCAAAUAAAAGUAAAAAGUAUGGUGUGGUAAAACUACUCUUAAAAGUACAUUAAGUACUCAUAAACGUAGAUGUAAUGGAGAAAAUGUAACGCGUUACUACCCACCUCUGGAAACCAUUAUUGCUUAUAAUGGUCUGCUAAAUUAUAUAGUUUUAAACAAAUGGAUAUAUUUUUGUAGUGAAAUUAUUUGAAUAUUUAUUAUACUGUACGGAGUUGAAAACAUCAAAGCUUUUCAUGGACGCAUUACAGUAAUGAAUUUCCUAGUUAAACGUUAUUUUGGUAACAAAUGGUGGACAUCAAAGACAUAACCAUAUUUCAACUAAAAAUGAGCUAUUUCAUGACGAGAUCCCUAUAUAAGUCCACAAAGACAUAGUUUAACUUGGCUUCAUGAGAAUCGCCCAUCUGCUGUUUUUUAAAGGCACAAAUGCUCAUAAUAUAGCAAAAGAAGCAUUAGUUGUGACGCUUUAUCAAAUUUAAUGUCCUUUAAACGGACCGUAAUGACUCCUUGUAGGAAAGUGUUUCCUACCCCUGAUGUUAAUUGACAGCUGGCAAAUGAAGUUUAUUGACGCUGGCUGUCGAGAGUAGCGUUAACAAAGGUCUUAUUGUUAUUUAUUUAAAUCCAAAUAAAAUGUUUUAUUAUGUACUGCAACACAUGCCUGGGCUCCAAUCCCCCCGUGUUUUCACCUCCGAGAAAUUUGCCCCCCAUCAGACGAAAGUUUAUAUAAAAAUGAUGUCAAUCGUUUGUCCUACGUAUGUGCUGUAAAAAGUUUCGUUUGUGCUGCGAUUGUUCAUAAGAUACUUACAAUUCUUUUAUAGCUCAAUCUGAGGUCAGAUAGCCCCCUAUUUUGAUUAAAAAUGGCUGAAAAUUGCUUCGUUUGUGCUGUAAAAAGUUAAGUUUAUGCUGCUAUCGUUCUUGAGAUUAAUUUCGAGUGAUGAGGUCACGCAGCUCCCCAUUUAUUCCAUAAUGGACCCGAAAUGGUGCCAUUCUUUUAUGCUCCGUUUGUGCUUGUUUGUGCUGUAAAAAAUUUAGUUCAUGUUGCUAUCGUUUUAUAGAUAUUGAGGUAUUAAUUUGGAGUGAUGACGUCAAUCGCAGCCCCUCCGUCGCGGCUGAGGGAGCGUACAAACUUUCUCAAUAACAGAGGGGUGUCCCAACAACUAGCGCAAAUGUGGCACAAACCAAUAGCACCCCUUCGGGUCCAUUUUGCAGAGUCACGUCAUCACUCGAAAUGAAUAUCUCACCCCCCAUUUACUGCAAAAUGGAUCCGAAGGGAUGCCAUUUGUUUGUGUCACGUUUGUAUAGGGAGUUGGAUACAAAAAAGCUGCAAGUGAUGUCAUCAUUCGAAAUAAUAUCUCAAUAUCCAUAAAACCAUAGCUGCACAAAGGAAAAUUUUUACAGCACAAAUGUAGCACAAACUAUUUUCAUCAUUUUUAAUCAAAAUGGGGGGCUGGUUGAACCAUAAAAGUAUUGUUAAUACCUCAAAAAUGAUAGCACAAACGAACAUUUUUUCAGUAGAAACCUAGCACAAAAGAAUAACAUCAUUUUUCUAAAAAUUUGCGUCUGAUGGGGGGCCAACUUCACAGAGGUCAUGUUCUCACCAUUGCUUUCCUCUUGGAUGCAAUGGCUGCUGCGAGGGUGAUGCAAACGCUGUUGGGGAGGGCGCAAGGUUCGAUUUAUUCAGGUUGAUGGGGGAAAUGUGGUGGCCGGCGGGUAAGAGGAAUAAUGCCUUUAAAAGUCUUUAACAGUGCUGUUUACCUUGUUCGAAAGAUAAGGACGCUGACGUGUGCCAUCCUUGUCUUAAUAUUGUGCGGGAUACUCGUGACUGUUGUCAUCAUGCUUUUUAAUGAGAUCACUCGUAUCACAGAAACUUUGUUGUCUCCGUUGCAGCUAGGGCAUGACUUUCUUUAAC